AUGAUGUCAGGCUUCUAUGGCCUGGGAGCUGCCAAACAGUAUCAUUGCCAGCAUCCGGAUCAGUCCAUCGCCGUGGUGGAGUCGGCCUCCAGUCUGGGGGGGGUGUGGGCCGCCGAGCGCAUUUAUCCAGGCCUGAAAAGUAAUAACUUGCUGGGCACUUACGAAUACCCCGAUUUUCCAAUGGACCCAAAUCUUUUUGGCGUGAAGCCAGGGGAACACAUCCCUGGACGGGUACUUAAUUCCUAUCAGGAGGCGUAUGCAAAGCAUUUCGGCAUCUUCAACAGCAUCAGGGUGAACACCAAAGCGGUCUCUGCCGAGCAUAAACCCAACGGCGGCUGGGUGGUCAAGGUCUCUCCGGUCGUUGAUGGCAAGGAGGAUAGUUCACGUCAGUCAGACUUGUACACCAGGCGGCUUAUAGUCGCUUCAGGCAUGGUAUCGGAUCCAUUCAUGCCGAAUAUCAAGGGCCAGGAGGAAUAUCAUCGCCCCAUAUUCCACGCCAAACAUUUCGCGAAAUACGGCGAUACAGUUGAUCCAUCGCUGGGCGGAAGGGUGACCAUAUUUGGCGGCACCAAGUCUGCAUGGGAUGCAGUGUAUGCAUACGGCACCAAGGGGAUCAAAGUAGACUGGAUCAUUCGAGGUCCGCCUCUGCGUAUGGUGAACUGA